CGAGAAGUCCUCCUUAUCGUCUCCUGGUACAGCCGCCAGGAGGGAAACUCAGCCCACGCUUCCCCACCCACCCCUGCAUAUCCUGAGACGUGCGCCCCCGGGAGCUGUGUUGGGGAGGGUCAGGCUGGGCCACCAAGGAUCAGCAGCCCCUGGAAAAUCAGGUGGUGUGGUCAGAGCUCCUGCCCGCCCCUUCCUACUGGAGGACCCUUCUCAGUGAACACAGCAGGGUGGGCCGCAGGGAGAGGAAAGCAGGCUGGGUCAGCUGAUGGGCAGGACUGCCAGUGCUGACCUCGCAACUUGGCCUCCGGUGGCCAGCUGGCGGGGGAGGGGUUGCGGCUAGGAACCAGCCUGGUCCAGCCCUCGGAUCUCCCACUCUCCCCCGCCUCAAUUUCCCCCGCAAGGGGAGGGAGAGCAGCGGGAACAGGGGUGUGUCUGCCUGUUUCGCUUUUGGUAGGAGUCCUAAUUGGAUCCAGCUGGUGAGCGGCCCCUCCUCCAGCCUCAGCCCUCUACUCCCCUCACAGCCAGAGGUGGGCCCGGAAAAGCUGUGUCCCCAGCAGGUCUUUUCGAAUGUCAGAGGGAAUCCCCACUCAGACUAGAGUCAGGGAGCUGCCCCCAGCCUAGUGUGUACCCUGCAGCACCGCACUCCCCCCCAUGGCUGAGCAGGAACUGGGUACAGCGGUAAUCACAGCCCCCAUUGCACCUUCAUCCCCUCUGGCCUCCACACUUGUGCUGCUCAUAUGAGCCCCCCACUGCACACACAGACCCCCACUGCACACACACACCUCCACUGCACGCACACACACACCUCCACUGCACACACACUUCCACUGCACACACACCCCCACUGCACACACACCCGCACUGCACACACACACACUGCACACACACCCACUACACACACACCUCCACUGCACACACACCCCCACUGCACACACACACCCACUACACACACACACCUCCACUGCACACACACACCUCCACUGCACACACACACGCACACACUGCACACACACACACCCACUACACACACAUACCUCCGCUACACACACACACCUCCGCUGCACACACACACCCACUGCGCACACACACACCCACUACACACACACACACCCACUGCACGCACACACACCCACUACACACACACCUCCACUGCAUGCACACACACCCACUACACACACACCCCCACUACACACACACACCUCCACUACACACACACCUCCGCUGCACACACACACCUCCACUGCACACGCACACGCACACACUGCACACACACACACCCCACUACACACACAUACCUCCACUACACACACACCUCCGCUGCACACACACACCCACUGCACACACACACACCCACUACACACACACCUCCACUGCACACACACACACCCACUGCACACACACCCCUCCACUGCACACACACCCCCCCACUGCACACACACACACCACUACACACACACACUGCACACACACACUACACACACACACCUCCAUUGCAUACACACACCUGCACUGCACACACACACCUCCACUACACACACACACCUCCACUGCACACACACAUCUCCACUGCACACCCCCGCCUACUAUUCAGCUGGCCCCCCUCUGUACCCACACCCCCCAUGCUGCUCACAUGACCCCCCCAUGGUACCCCCUGCACAAGUCACAUUCGGAGCACUGUGCUUACACUCCACCCCGCACACACAGCACCUCACAAGGCCCUCGCCGCCCUCCUGUGAGUCCCCAGACCCCACAGGCACGCGCAAGCCUUAACUCUCAACAAAAGUGCCAGAACUGGUCCAGCGCCGGAAGGUGGCAGAGGUUGGCUCAGCCUCUGGCCAUGUCCAAUAGGACAGGUGAGGCGGGACAGGUGAGCUCUCUGAUGGAAAAGCCCCACCGGCUCCUCUCCCGGCUGCCGGGAGCCCUCUCCCCUGACCUAACCUUUGCCCGGGGCAGAAGAACCCAGCUGGCCAGUCAGAGGACACGCAGAGGAGCAGCUGGUACACCCGGGGUCCCCCGGCCUUGACCCAAGCAUGCAGGCCCCAGCCCGCAGCCUCCCAGCUGCGCUCAGCCUGGAUGACUUCAUCCCCAGCCACCUCCGGGCCCAUGUAGGGCCAUCCCCCCGGGGGACGCGGGUGCCCGUGAUCCGGAAUGGUGGCUCCAACACCCUUAAUUUCCAGUUCCAUGACCCUGCGCCCAGGACCGUGUGCAACGGGUACUUCCCACCGAGGAGAGAUGCUUCCAGGCACCCAGACCCUGCCUGGUAUCAGACCUGGCCAGGUCCUGGGAGCCGGCCUUCUGGGAACCAGAAGACCCCUGCCUCCCAGCAUCCCCAGAACUGGUCAGCCACGUGGACCAAGGAUAGCAAACGUCUGAACAAGCGCUGGGUCAAGUAUGAGGGAAUCGGGCCUGUGGAUGAGAGCGGCAUGCCUAUCGCACCCCGAUCUAGUGUUGACAGCCCCAGGGACUGGUACCGGAGAAUGUUCCAGCAGAUUCACCGGAAAAUGCCGGACCUGCAGCUGGACCGGACCUUCGAGGAAACACCCAAAGUGGCUUCUUCCUGUGACACCUCAGCAGACUCAAGGCAUCCAGGGCCCCAGCAAAGACCUGCUGCCAGGCCAGACCUGACGUCGUCUGUGAGCGGAAGAAGCUGGGAUGUCUCUGAAGAGUUUCUUAGAAACACCUUCAAUCGCAAUGCUGGAGCAUCCUCUUCCCUGCACCAGACCCCAAAUCAGGUGUCCAGACACCGAGAGAAAGCAGACAAUGUCUGGACGGAAGAAUCUUGGAACCAGUUUCUGCAAGAACUAGAGACUGGGAAGAAGCCCAAGAAACCACUGGUAGAUGACCCUGUUGAGAAGCCUCCCCAGCCCAUCGAGGUCCUGCUGGAGAGAGAGCUGGCCAAGCUGAGCGCCGAGCUGGACAAGGACCUGCGUGCCAUUGAGACCGGGCAGCCGUCCCCCAAGAGCUCGCAGGCGCCCCGACGGUCCCGGGAGCCGCGGCCCCCCGCGCGCCCGGCCUCCGCCUGGAGCUCCAGUUCCCCGAAUGCACUUUACCAGGGUUCCUCCCUGAGCGCCCACAGGAUGGCGGACGGAGGAAGCCCCUUCCUAGGUCGGAGGGACUUCGACUACCCUUCCUCAACCCGAGACCCUAGUGCCUCUGAACCAGGGGGCAGCCCAGCCAGGAAGGAAGAGAAGAAGAGGAAGGCCGCCCGGCUCAAGUUUGACUUCCAGGCACAGUCCCCUAAGGAGCUGACUCUAAGGAAGGGUGACAUCGUCUACAUCCACAAGGAGGUGGAUAGGAACUGGCUGGAGGGGGAGCACCACGGCCGGCUGGGCAUCUUCCCCGCCAAUUACGUGGAGGUGCUGCCUGCAGAUGAGAUCCCCAAGCCCAUCAAGCCUCCGACCUACCAGGUGCUAGAGUAUGGAGAAGCCGUGGCCCAGUACAACUUCAAGGGGGAUCUGGAGGUGGAGCUUUCCUUCCGAAAGGGGGAGCGCAUCUGCCUGAUCCGCAAGGUGAACGAGCACUGGUACGAGGGCCGCAUCUCAGGCACCGGGCGCCAGGGCAUCUUCCCUGCCAGCUACGUGCAGGUGACCCGGGAGCCCCGGCUUCGGGUCUGCGAAUACAGCCCCCAGCUCCCUGCGUCUCCCCGCCUGACCAGUGCCGGCCUGGCCCAUCACCCCAGCUCCCCAUUAAUGCCGCGCAGCCCAUUUGACCCCACCGACUGGGGGGGCCGGACCUCCCCCCGCCGCACUGGCUUCUCCUUCCCCACCCAGGAGCCCAGACCCCAGACCCAGAGUCUCAGCACCCCUGGGUCAGCUCUGUCCCAUCCUGGAGGCUCCAGCCGUCCCCUGGAGCUGGGGACCUCAUCCCCCAACACCACUCAGAUACACUGGACCCUGUACCGGGCGAUGUACCAGUACAGGCCCCAGAAUGAGGAUGAGCUGGAGCUGCGGGAGGGGGAUUGGGUGGAUGUCAUGCAACAGUGUGACGACGGCUGGUUUGUAGGUGUCUCCCGGAGGACCCAGAAAUUUGGGACAUUCCCUGGAAAUUAUGUAGCCCCGGUGUGAGUGAUCUCCGUGGCAACUCAGAGCCCAGCCAGGAUGGGAUGGGGAGCAGAACACUUAUGGGCGAGAGAGAGGAUGCCCCCCCAUCCUCCUC